GAUGGCGUCGCUCCCUAGACGUUUGAUUUGGAGCUUCUCUUACAUACUCAGAGAAAGCUUUCCAAUUGUAAGUAGGAGAAACUGUGUCAGCUUACUGCGAGCUUCAUGGCGUAAAGUGCUCUCAGUAGGUGUUGGGACAAGCGUAUGUGCAAUUCCAGUUGGACAGAGGUCAGAGCCCACUCUCUCCAGUGAGUCCCUUAUAAAGAGGGCAGUGUCUUUGGUAGCAGACAGUUCAUCUACAUUUUUAUCUCAGACAACUUAUGCUCUUGUUGAAUCCCUCACAGAAUACACUACGGCUGUGUAUACACUGAUUUCUUUGCAGCAGAAGUACACCUCCCUUCUUGAUAAAAUGAAUUCAAAUGAAGAAAGCGCCAUCUGGCAAGUGAUCAUUGGAGCUCGUGUACAGAUGAAGCAGUUAAAAGAACAGUAUCUGAAGUAUGAAUCUAGCUGGCAGAGAGCAGUGAGCCUAUCAGAGAUGGCAGCAGAAGCAGCAUACCAGUCAGGUGCAGACCAGGCUUCAGUGACGGUGCGAAAUCACAUCCAGAUAGUCCAGACCCAAGUGCAGCAAGCCCGCAAUCAGGCUCAUAUUGCAGAGGUCCAGCUGGCGGCAAGUCAGACAGACGAGAUCAAAAGAACUAUUACAGAGGAUAAAGGGAACCCACCCAGUGGAGGAAGCCCAAGAAGCAGCCUGUCAGAGGAAGAGGAAAUACCUGAAGCUUACCUGCGUGAAGACUGAAAUGCAUCUUAAAAUGUGUGAAGUGAAAAAUGCUACAAGAGAAAGAAGAGACAAUGUGAACUUUAAUACAUUACUUUAUCUUAUUCAUGGAUUGCGUAUUGUCCAUAGACAUAAAUGUAAGGGAGAUGCACAAAGAAGGUACAUUUUUAAGAUUAAUUUAUCAGCUGUAUUGGGAUUCCUGGUUAGACCAGGUGGUAUGCCUCCUCAGCCACUAGCAUACCCACGCUUCCUGUUCUGCUUGGUCUUUGUUCUAAGAAAUGACCUGAGUGGAUUUCAGCUAAUGACAAAAGAAAGUUUCCGCCGACAGUGUUCAUCUCGCAGCCGAGUGUUACAGAUACAUGGAGGCAAAAUGGUUUGCUCAUUUCAUGAGCAAAGCAGACUGCUGUAAAGCUCUUGAUGGUUGUCUCUGUCUGUGCACAUUAAACUAAAUAGAUGAUUUGUAA